AUGUCGCUCAACCCACAGAACGAACUCUCGGACCCGAUCGCCAACCAUCUGCUGUGCCACCAGGCAAUCGCUCUCGUGAACUCGGGCAAGCACCCCGUCACCGAAGGCGAGGCGGCGUACCUGUCGGCGCUGCAGUACUUCAUCCAGGUGUCGCGCACGGUCAAGGACCGAGGCCGCGCAUCGAUGGCGACUAAGAACAACGAGUUCAUGCAGGCCGUCCGUUUCCUGCCCCCGUUCGCCCUACAAAUGUACCGCAAGCACCUCCCGCGCGCACAGACCGAGUGGUUGUUGGCGAUCUUCAACGAGUUCGAGGAUCUGGACAAGAACAUGUCCGUGCAGGUGGCCGAGGAGCUCUACCUCGCCACCGUCAGGAGGUGGAAGUACUACGGCUCCACCAUCUUCUUCUGCGAGAACAAGCAAUACCCGGGCACGAAUGCGAUUGGCGUCAGUCGCGAAGAGUUGAUGACCAAGAUCUGUCAGCCCGGCAUCGACAGGCCCAACAUUAGGGAGGAGAUCUUCUGCCAGAUGCUCCGGCAGACCAACAAGAACCCCAAGCCGGCGAGCCAAGUGAAGGGACUGGAGCUGAUCUCGAUUUGCUGCGGUCUGUUCAACCCUUCGCGCGCGCUCGGCCCCUACCUGCUCGACUUCCUGCACCUGCACACCAAGCUCACGCCGGACGACUGCAAGAACGAGAAGGUCGCACAGGACUUGUCGCGCCUGGCAGCCUCGGGCGUGGGCCGGCUCGAUCGUCUGCGAGCCGCCGGCGCGCGCCACUUUGCGCCCUCGCAGGUCGAGUUCGCGGCCAUUCGGGUAACGCUCCACAUCGCAGACGGCGACGCUCGAACCACUGAACUGAACUGA